CUCUAAUGUUCUCUCAUUUGGUUGCGGUGCGCCCGUCAAAUAGUUUUGCAAGAGUUAAUCGCAACAGCAUAAAAGGAGUCUUCACUUCUUGCUUGAACAAAUAUCCAAGAAGAAUUUCAAUUAGAUUUGUUUUUUUUUUAAUUUUAAUUUAUUCACUUUUAUUCAUUUAAUUCGUAACUUAAUUAUACACCGAAAUGGCUAAAUCGAAUGCUGAAGAAGUUGAUAAAACUGAAAACAAUGAAGCGAUCGUAAAGAAGGCAGCUUCGGAGAAUGCAACAGAGGCCGGCAAAGAUGCACCGGUUGAAAGUUUGAUUAAGCAUCCGUUGCAAAAUUCCUGGACACUUUGGUACUAUGAUCACGAGAAGGGUAAAACAUGGGAGGCAUGCCAGCAUCAGAUCACCACAUUUGAUACGGUCGAAGAUUUUUGGAGCCUCUACAAUCACAUCAAACCACCGUCAGAGAUUAAGAAUGGCAACGAUUAUUCGCUGUUCAAGAACAACAUUCGUCCAAUGUGGGAAGAUGAACAGAACAAAAACGGUGGCCGAUGGAUCAUCAACUUGCAAAAGUUCUUCCGGCAUGUUGGUGAGCUGGACAAACUAUGGCUCGAGGUGAUUCUGUGUUUGAUUGGCGAAGCUUUCGAUUUUUCCGAAGACAUUUGCGGUGCUGUGGUCAAUGUUCGUCUGAAUCGCCACAAAAUCGCCAUUUGGACGUCAAACAACGACGAACAAAGAAUCCUCAGCAUCGGCCGAAAAUUGAAAGAAAGUCUCAAUUUACCACAGGAAUUGCAAAUUCAAUAUGAACUACACAAAGAAACGGCAUUCAAACACGGUGGCAAGGCCCCAGCAUACACGUUGUAGUUUUCUUAUUCACUUUCCUUCAAAGAUUUUUUUUUCUUUAACUCUUCUUUUUUUUAAAUUCUCUAUUCUAAUAAGCGAAAUCUUUCAUUUUCAAUCAUUUUUUUUUCUCCUAGAAAUAGAGGAUUUAUUUACUAUAUGCGAGAUAAAAAAAACAAUUCUAACAUAAAAAAAAACUAUUAUUAUUAUUAGGGAACUAAUCAUUUCUCGUUGAAUCAAUUGUAUAUUCAAAUUGAAUUGUUUAAGUUCGCUAUUAAUUGUAAGCUGAUAACUUAAGGAGGUUCGGAAUGUGCGAAAAACAAUUAAAAGGAAAAUUAAAUAGAACAUUUUCAAAGAAAUAAAAAACCAAACCGGCGAGCCGAUUUGCAUUUCAAUUUUUA